AUGGAAGAGCAGCGCCCGGCUCCACAUCACGUGCCCGUGGCCAAUGCCACCAUCACCCUCAGUCCCCUGGCACACCAGGUGCAUGCAGGUGACCCCGUGACCCUGCGCUGCUUGGUGCAGGUGGGCUCAGACCCUGUCACCUUCACCUGGCUGCACAAUGGGCAGGAGGUGGCCCGAGGUCCCCUCCUGGAACUUGGGGACAUCAGUGUGGGACAUUCGGGCACCUACCAGUGCGUGGCCACCAACCAGCUGGGACAGGAUGGGCACCGCGUGUUCCGGGCACUCAGCCCAGAGCUGGCCCUGGAGGUGACACCUGGCUCACUCUGGGUCACAGCAGUGGCUGUGAAUGUUGGCAGGACCCUCCUGUUCCUUCUCCUGCUCCUGGCUGUCAUCGGGGGCUGUCACUGGUGGCACCGCUGGGGUCCCCACAACCGGUGUCACUCUCAGGACACCCACAGUUGUACCCUGGCCCUGCCCCACCUCGGGAUCCACAAGUGACCAAUGCAGAGCUGUCGGGACCCUACGAGGGACAGCGGGACCCCUGUGACUACGAUGACGUGCUGUGACACUGGGGGGCACU